AACCUCCAAACCAUUAUAUAUACUUAUUAAUUGUUAAAAAGUUGGUGAACAGGAAUCUUUUAAAAUUUGCAUUUCUGCAACAGAUUUUCCAGGGUUUACUUCCCUUUUCUCGCAAAACCCGCCAUAGAAUUUCUCAUCGUUAUCUUCUCUUCCUCAAAAGGGGUUGCCGCCGCCUCACUUACGCUUAUUUAUCGUAUACCCAUUUCUAUUUCAUCAUUCUUCUUCUCGCAAACUACAUCUUCUCUCAUCAAUGGCUUUAUGGAGUCGUCGCUUGCAAAGAUUUCUACUCAACAACAACGUUUGAGAAAGUGGAGUAGAGAAGGUAGUCCCCGGUGCUGUUCGGCAAUUCCAAUCGACGCUCCUUCUUCUCUCUCUGAUGGCCUUGGCUCUGGGAUCAGAUGGGGUUCCGCAAAUUACAAGGUGCACGCGAGGAGAUGGAAGACGAUGCUGUUAUAGUCUGCUCAUCGCCUCAUAACGACCUUGAUGGUUUCUUUUUUGCUGCCGUUUUCGAUGGCCACACGGGUUUCUCUUCUGUUAAUUUCCUCAGGGAUUGUUUUUUUUUUGUGCGAUGCUUUGCAAUCAGCGUGAGUCUGUAUCAUAAGGCUGCUGAAAGAAGACAAGUACUGUCAUUUUAUUUUGACUACAAAAGCCUCCUGAAAAAUGCUAUGAAAAACUAUAAUUACGAUGAUGACCCUUUACUAGCUCCGUGUGUAAUCACUAUUGAGAGACAACUUGCUCAAGUUGAGGGUCCUGUUCUUCAGGCACCAAAGUUGAAGGUUGGUAAUAGAGAAGACAUUUCUCCUUUAAUGGAAGAAGACCCACAGAAUAGAAAGUUUGGACCUGUACUACGUGUGGAAAAUUGCUAUAAUUCAAAUGCAAGGCAGCGAUGACGAGUGUAACUUUUCAUUUUACUGAUUUCAGCCUCGCUUUUGUUUUCUCUUGUCUCCACUGUCAGUUUGUUUUUCUUUUUGUGCUGAUUUCAUGAUAUGAGAAACUUUGGUGUGUUUAUGUGUUUGUGAGAAGUUGACUUGUGAAACUACAAAUAACUGUAUGGCUGGUGAUGCUGGAGGUUGUAGCAGCUACAGUUGAUCAAACCAGCGGAAAUUGGGGAAUGUUUCCAACAAUCACCACAAACUUAUCUUUGAUGGUCAAUUCACGGUUUUUUAUAUCAACGAAUCAGCAGAAGUUAUUACAUGGUUUGAUUGAUACCCAUAAAUUGAUGGGGUGACAAUGUAUUUUUGUUCAACCAUAUUUUUAUCUAACCCAUCUUCAAAGGGCAAGGGUUGAUUAUACGUUUUGUAAGGUGGAAAACCCAUUUUGUCUGACUGUUUUGGAAAUUGAUUCGGUUUCCUUGAAUGAAAGAGUAAGAGAUUAAUUUUGAGAUCGUUAAUGCUGAUGGAGGUGAUUUCAUCCAGAACAGGGUACGACUAUAAUUUGGCUUCAACAAAAGCCCAACAAGCAGCUCGGAUGUGGUCAACUUUGUUACAAACCAACUUCGGGAACAUGGAGAUGUGCAGUAUAUUGUAGGCUGCAUCUGAACCUCUAGCUCAAAUGGCCUUGGUAUGUAAUGAAUUUCGUACAUAUUUUCACCUUUUAAUCACGAGUUUCUCGACACAAAGAACGUGAUUGAUUACAUUGGAGAAGAUGGGUCAUUAGUGGUUUUAGAUCCUUUAAAACAUCAUAAAGAUGGAAAAAAGUCGUUUCAGUGCAACCGCGUUUUUGGUUUUUGGUCCAACUGGUACUCAAGAGGAGGUUUUUGCUGACAAGAGAAAAAAAACGAAGACGGCGCGCAUGAUUCCCCUCUAGUUACUAAUUAUUAAAGAUGGGAGUCGCAUGGGAAUGACGUUUCUUUCUUAAAACUUGUUUUAUUGAUUUUUUUAUGAUUAUUUUACAAUAAACUUGGUAAUCACGUUGUAUUGUAUAUCUAAUUUAUAGAUUACAUAGGGAUAUAUAUACUAGAUAAUAUUACACUUUAGUACCAUAAACUAUUAUAAAUGUCGAGGCUAAUAUUCCCCCGCAAGCUAAUGUUGGGGAGCGACCUUUAGCUUGUGCCUUAGAUACUCGAAUCUUUGAGAAGACAAGGGCUU